AUGUUAGGAAUUCUAAAGAGCUCAACAACCUUUAGAAUCACUAGACCAACAGGAGUUUUUUGUAGCAGAAUGUCGUUCAAUAUUAGUAAUUACUCUACCGAUGCCAUUGCUGAUAGGUAUAAGUCAAAGUUGCUUGAAAAGGCCAAAGCGCAAGGUUUUAACUCUGUUGAGGAGCUGCAAGAGAGCAUGAAGGAAAAGUUGCAAGAAAAUAGAAAGGCCUAUGACAAAAUAGAUCCUUUAAAAGAGUUGGAAAAAUAUGAGCAACAAGUACAAAUGUCAAAGAAUAUAAUGCAGGCAAACAAAUUGAGGAAAACCAAGAAUUCUGAAGGUUCUUCUAGAUCGUCCGCUUCUGCCAACACAAAUAGAGGGUCUUCAAAUGUUGGUACAUCUGAAUUGUCUGAUAAGAAUGCUCCAUUUAAAACUCUAGCAUCGUAUUUGGAGUUGGAAAAAGUGAAAGAUCUCUCUCCUCAAGAAAUUGAAUACCUUUGGAGAGCAAAAUGGGGCCAAACUGAUGGUGCUAUGAACGCUGUGGUUCCAUUAGAGACAUUUGAUAAGAUGCUGGUUAAAGUCAAAGAACACCCCGUAUUUGUUCUUCCUUUACCAAGAGCCAACACAAGCGGUGAAAAGGAUGAAGCUUCUGAAGGCAUGGAAUUACAUUAUAUUCAAUGGCAGUUCCCAAAUUCACAAACUUCACAUUGUCUAAUGACAUCCUUAGCUGAGUAUAAAUUACACAAAGAGUUUGCAAGACCUCAUACUACAUUAGAAUUUCAUAGUGAGUUAGGCAAGGAUAAAAAUAUAGUAUUGAUGAAUGGUAACGUAGAACCUAGUAUGAACAUAUCUAUACAAGAAGCACAGCUAUUGUUAUUAAAUGUGCAAAGAUUUUAUGGUGCCAUGGGCUAUGAUACUCCAUCGUCAAAACAAAGGUUACAAUUGUUAAAGGACUUCACAAAUGGAUCUUCUGAUUUCAAUCUGGACAAACUAAUAAUCUUAUCUCAGUCCAUGGAAAAUUAA